GUUCCUUCCACAACGCCAACCAAAACAUACACAACACAAAGAGACAGAGAGAUUCAGAUCCACACAUCCGCGUCCUCCUCCUCCACCUCGGUUUCCUCUCCCACCACCAACCCACCUCUAGAUCCCGGCGAUCUCCGCCGCCGCCCUCUCCUGGGAGGCGCGAGCGAGGCAGGCGUAGAGGCGUCAGGAGGAGGCGGCGGCGGGAGGCGCGGCGGGCGCCGAGGCGGGGAAGAUGUUCCUGUGGGACUGGUUCUACGGGGUGCUGGCCUCGCUCGGCCUGUGGCAGAAGGAGGCCAAGAUCCUCUUCCUCGGCCUCGACAACGCCGGCAAGACCACGCUGCUCCACAUGCUCAAGGAUGAGCGGUUGGUGCAGCACCAGCCGACGCAGCACCCCACGUCGGAGGAGCUCAGCAUCGGCAAGAUCAAGUUCAAGGCCUUCGACCUCGGCGGCCACCAGAUCGCGCGCCGCGUCUGGAAGGAUUACUACGCAAAGGUUGAUGCUGUAGUAUACCUGGUAGAUGCAUACGAUAAGGAGCGAUUUGCUGAAUCAAAAAAGGAACUUGAUGCUCUCCUGUCCGAUGAUUCCUUGGCCAAUGUUCCAUUCCUCAUCCUUGGCAACAAGAUUGAUAUCCCAUAUGCUGCCUCUGAAGAGGAGCUGCGGUAUCACCUAGGCCUUAGCAACUUCACAACUGGGAAGGGCAAGGUCAACCUCGGUGACUCCAAUGUCCGGCCUCUUGAAGUUUUCAUGUGCAGUGUUGUCCGCAAGAUGGGCUAUGGUGACGGGUUCAAGUGGGUCUCCCAGUACAUCAAGUAGGGUGCCUGCUGAGGCGCAUGCUCAGCCCAGCGAUUUUUUGCCUUGUCAUUUGUUCUGGUUGGUUGUUCGUCACGACAAUGAUGAUCAUCGUGACGGUAUCGUGGAGGGUAUGAAGAGAAAAACAGCGCUUAACAUUGGGAACAUGUUGAAUCUUUAGCCUCAAAAACAGUUUGUUAUGUCGAACUCCUGAAAUUCUUUUGCUUUUCCAUAGGACGUUUACUAAGGACUUGAUGGCGAUGGAUUAUAAGAUUAUUGGUUUCUUAAAUUAUGUCUUUUGUUCAUGGAUUACUGCUCAA